CCACCUGCAGCAGGUAGUUUGUGGUUUCCUGCUGCCUCCGUGCUGCAGUCCGGUUGGUCCUCCUGCGGAGAGGAGACGGCUCACCUGGAACAGAACCGAACCUGAAGCUCAGCUCAGCUGGUUCCGACCCGAACCGCCUCAGCCGCUUCCUAACAUGAGCUCAUCAGGCAGCAGGUAGAGGUAACAUGAUGUCAUGAUGGCAGGACUAACCCCGCCCCCCUCAGAACACCACGGAGACGCAGCGUUCGGCUCUGACAGCAGCGAUGUUGAAGCUGGAGAUGAAGCGAUGGACCUGGAGCUCCUUCUGGAUCUGGUCCAGGACCCCUUUCUUUCCCACUCCUCUCCUCUGGAGGGAAACGGAAAAGAGAGGCAGCGAUUGGACGAAAAUCAGGGAGAGGACGGAGACAGGUGGACGUGUGGACAGUUGGACAGACGGUGGGUGCUCUGGCACGAGUUCAUGAAGGAACACGCCCACCUGGAUGCUUGGCUGCGAUUGGCUGAGCAGGCUGUCUCUUCUCUGGACUCCGCCCCCGUUAGCUACAGCACAGCCAAAGAGGAGCUGAAGAAGUUUGAGUCCUUCCAGCAGUCGGUGUGUGAGAACUCGGGUCGUGUGAACGCCCUGCUGCAGCGCGGCGAGCUGCUGAUCCAGCGCAGCGAACCGUCCGACUCUCGUCACGUGGAGAGCCGCCUGCUGGAGCUGCUGCGGCGCUGCAGCCACGUCUACAGCAGCAUCGCCCGCACACACACGCGCCUCCUCAGCAUGAGACUGGUGUUUGAGGACGACUGGAUUCUGUCCCGGACCUCGGACUCCGGCUGUCCCUCUGAGACUCUGCAUGAGGACGAGGACGUGUUUGAGAAGUGCAUCCUGGACCUGUCCUCGGCUCCAAACCGUAAACCGUCCCCUCAGAUGUCUCCUCUGGAUAUCUUCGAUCAGAGUGAAAAAGUAAAAGCGUUUCCCAGAGACGUCAGAGGAAAACCUGCAGCCCUCCUCUCACGUCGACCUGCACAUCCUCAGGCUCCUCCCCCUCCGGCCUUUCCGACCCAUGAGCACCUGGGGCUGGAGUGGGACCCCUCGGUGGACAUCGGACGCUCCGUCUCGCACGACGACGCAGACUCCUCCUAUUUCAGUGCCUGCACCGGUCGGUGUCGCAGAGACAGCRCGAAGAGGUGGAGCUACCUGAGCUUCGACUCUCGCUCUGACAUCAGCGCUGAUGUCACAAACCAGGAAGUGGAGCAGGGUCCAGAGGAGUGGCUCGACCAGGACUUCUCGCCGCUCGCCGUCGGACAGGAAGUGGACGGGUGGAUGAACUCAACUCCUGUCAGGGGAGACGGGGAGCCGCUCGGGUUUGACGGAGGGCGGGUGAAGGCGUGGCUGAGAGUCCAGAGCUCCGCCCACACUGAGAGCAGGACUUCCUGCUCCAAAGCRGUGCAGACGGAGGUGGAGCGUGACGAAGAUGAACGCCACAUCRACCUUCGUCUCGAGGGCCAGUGUUGCUAUGACGACACACACCUGCUUCCUGUCCUGUCCCUCCCCUCACCACACAACCUGAACACAAAAACCUGCGGGGGUCAUCCGCCCCGCCUUCAUCAGCCAGAAACCCAGCCUGAAGAGGAGUCGUCCUGCUGUGAUGAAGACGAGUCCAGCGUGACCUCCAGAACUGCCUCCUCCUCCUCCUCGGUGCUCCUCUUCCUCCUGCUGGCCACCUUCGCUCUGCUCGCCGCCCUGGUCUGGCUCGCCGCAGAGACACCAUGUCACCGCAGCAACAGGAUGCAYCGAGGCCUCCACCUGAUGCUGAGCUACGUCGACGGGCCGCCGCCCACCUGAGGCCCAGCCCACAUGAGGCCCCGCCCACCUGCGGCCCAGGCUGAGCCGCUGGAGGUCAAAGGUCCUUCCUCAGAACAGUGGGAGCAGAAACGUCAUGAUGCUUUCUUUAACUGUCACUAAAGGUUAAAGGUCAAACCAGCUCCCAUCCCCUUCAAAAUAAAAGUGCUCUGUUUGAUGCAA